UUGAUCCGGGAGCGACAUAACCUCACUCCUAGUGGAUGGAAGUUUUGCAUCAUUCUGGGCUCUGUUAAUAAAUCAUGCAAUCCCUGUUAAUUCGAUCCUCCUCUAGUCUAUUUUCACGUAGUUUACUUUACUGCACACGCCCGACUGUCCGGAAUGGAGGUUUUACCAGAAAUUUCAAUUCACAGAUGUUUUCAAAACAACCUACUUUCCAGAGAUUUUCCUUUACACGUCUCCCCCAACUAAUAGUAUUACGUAGAGCAGCCAGUCUUCCGGAAAAAUCCAGCAGAGCCAGCAAGAGUGUCGGCUACUGGCUCCUUGGAUGCAGCGGAAUGGUGUUUGUAGCUGUGAUUCUAGGCGGCGUCACGAGACUCACAGAAUCGGGCUUGUCGAUGGUAUCAUGGAAACUUCUGGGUGAAAAAAGACCCCGAAAUGAUGAAGAAUGGGCAGCUGAAUUUGAAAAGUACCAACAGUUUCCUGAAUUCAAGAUAAAGAAUUCCAACAUGACUCUGGCAGAGUUCAAAUUCAUCUGGUACAUGGAAUAUAUACAUCGGACAUGGGGUAGAGCCAUUGGAGCCUUCUAUGCCCUUCCUGCAAUCUAUUUCUGGACUCGUGGGCAUUUUUCAAAGGCCAUGAAGGCCCGUGUUCUCGCCUUUGGGGCUCUGAUUGGUAUCCAGGGUCUUAUGGGAUGGUAUAUGGUGAAAUCUGGACUAGAGGACAGGUUCCAUGGAGAAUCGGAUGUACCACGAGUGUCUCAGUAUCGGUUAGCUACUCAUCUUUCAUUUGCUUUUAUUCUGUACACUCUGUUCCUAUGGUCAGCCCUGGAUCACCUCGUGCCUGCCCAGAAACUAGCUGGAGCUGUAACACAGGGGGCUAUUAAAUUCCGUCGACUGGCUCACGUCACUAAAGGCAUGGUGUUCUUAACAGCACUCUCUGGGGCUUUUGUAGCUGGUCUCGAUGCUGGACUUGUAUACAAUUCUUUCCCAAAAAUGGCAGAUCGAUGGAUCCCAUCAGACAUCCUUGCAUUUUCUCCUACUUUACGCAAUUUUACUGAAAAUCCCACAACUGUUCAGUUUGAUCAUCGAAUCCUGGGAAUUUCUACACUCUCCCUAAUUUCUGGACUUUACGUGCUCUCCCGCAAAAGAAUCCUGCCACCAAGAGCUCAUACAGCGGUGGCUGCUGUAGCCAUGAUGGGAUGGCUUCAAGUCCUUUUGGGGAUCACAACUCUAAUUACCCAUGUGCCUGUGGCUUUAGCUGCCAGUCAUCAAUCUGGCUCCUUGAUCCUCCUCUCAUUGGCCGUAUGGUUAACCCAUGAGCUAAAAUUUGUGAAAAAACUCCCAAAGUGAAGCAAAAUAAAUCUAAUUUUUUUCUUGCUCUUCUAAAA